AUGGAUGAAGCACGUUUGAUGGAAGACUAUUUUGUUGAGAAUCCAACGUAUGAUGAUGUUAUCUUCCGAAGAAGAUUUCGAAUGAGAAGACCUUUAUUUCAUCGUAUAGUGGAUGCUGUUAGUGCUAAUGAUGUAUAUUUUCAACGAAGACCUGAUGCCACGGGUAGACAAAGUCUUUCACCAUUGCAAAGAUGUACUGGAGCCAUGAGGGUGUUGGCUUAUGGGACAUCAGUUGAUGUAGUUGACGAAUAUUUGAGAAUGAGUGGAUCCACAACAAGGGAAGCUCUCAUCAACUUCGUAAAUGGUGUCAUCUCAUGUUUUGGUGACGAGUACCUUAGAAAGCCUACCAAAGAUGAUUUGGCAAGACUACUACAUGUUGGGGAUCAACAUGGCUUUCCGGGUAUGAUAGGUAGUAUUGACUGCAAGCAUUGGCAAUGGAAAAAUUGUCCCAGCGCAUGGGCAGGACAAUAUGCUGGAAGAAGUGGAAAACCAACAAUCGUUUUGGAAGCCGUCGCAUCAUUUGAUUUAUGGAUAUGGCACGCUUUCUUUGGAACACCAGGUUCGUUAAAUGAUAUUAAUGUACUUCACCGAUCUCCUAUUUUUGAUGAUAUAUUAGCAGGUCGAGCACCAAAAGUUACAUAUGUCGUGAAUGGUCGUGAAAAUGAUAGGGCAUAUUAUCUCACUGAUGGGAUAUAUCCUUCAUGGGCUGCAUUUGUCAAGUCAAUUACGUCUCCCCAAAUCCAAAAGCAUUUGCCGAACAUCAAGAGGGUGUGA